ACUUAACCACGUGUCUGGCAGAACAAUUUGUGACAGUAACCCCAUUCUGUGUUGUUUACCCUUAUAAGCAACUGGUUAAUCGUUUCUGCGAACCACUAAUUAAUCAUUCUUGUUAUUUCUCUAACUACAAACACUACUUGGAAACAUGGCUGCCUGUUGAUGUGGAAUCAUAAUAUACUACAACCCAAUAAAUCUACAGCAAGACAGUUAACCCUGCUAAACACACUAUGAAGAUUUCCCCAUUAUCCAUCUUUAUCCUUGUUGCUGUAGCUGGGUUGGUCUAUUCAGGUAUCCAGCCGCCUGUGAUGGUAAUCAACCCACGUGCCCUGGUACUAUUUACAGAGUUAGAGACUGUGGACCUUCCAUGCAAGGCCAGUGGAGAACCACAACCUACGUACACCUGGAAAAAGGACAAACAGGACUUCAACGUGGCUGGCAGUGAUGACCUUAUCUCCACAGUAGAAAACGAGGGAACACUUGUCUUCAAGCAACCCAGAAAGAAAGAUGCCGGCAUGUAUCAAUGUUUUGCAAACAACUCUUAUGGGGUGGCCAUGUCAGGCAUCGUUGAGCUACGUCUUGCCUUCCUGCAGCCAUACACCAAUCAGGAACCAGAGACCAUCACUGUAUCACCAGGGUCAUCUCUCAUCCUCCCUUGUAACAAGCCAAUCAGUUACCCUGAGGCCAAAUUCACAUGGCUAUUGAAAUACAGUGAUGGGCGAUUAAAGGUCCUUGACUUCACUGAGCGAAUCCAAAUGGAUCACAAAGCCAACCUUGUCUUUGCUAAUGUACAAGAAGAAGACUCCUACAAAGACACUGCCUAUGUUUGCGCUGCAACCAAUUUGUUUUUACGAAGAAUCAAUAUGCUUAAUACCAUUUAUUUGAGAACCUUACCAGAGCAGCUUAAAGACUACCAGAUUCAUAUCCUCAGUGCUAGCCCUAGCAAGAUGGUCUUUCUGAAGGGAGACACUGUGGAGUUGCAGUGUAUAUUCGGUGGACAUCCGACACCAAAGAUCAGGUGGUACCGAAAUGGCAAAUCGAUACAUCCGAAUACAAAGUAUGCAUUUUCUAAAUUUAAUCAUCAGCUGGAUAUUCGGGAUGCUGGGUUUGAGGAUGAGGGAGAUUACGAGUGCCAUGCAAGUGAAAGGAGCUCUGGUCAGAUAUUGCAACACACCAUGAGAGUGGAGAUUGAAUCUAAACCUGAAUGGACCACGAAACCAAAAAGUAUUGUGACCAGUGGGGGCAGUUCAGUUACCUUCAUCUGUAAUGGAACCGGCAAACCUCCCAUCAGUAAACCUGUGUGGUACAUCAACGGAAAGAGAAUUAACGAAUAUUCCAAUAAAAAUAAGUUUAUAGUAGAGGAAACCUACCUGAGUAUCAUCAACGUCACACGCCAAGAUUACAUGACCAUCCAAUGUAAUAUCAGUAAUAUCCAUGGGUAUAUCUUCGCUGAUGCCUUUCUAAGUUUCCACGAGAUGAUAAGAAUGGAACGUUAUCCAUCUGAUUUGGAGGUGAGCAAAGGAGCGGAGGCAAUAUUCACAUGUGCUGCCACAAGUGAUACCAUGCAGGAAGAUGACUUACGAACCAUUUGGUGGAAGGAUGGCAAGGCUAUAGCCAUCGAUGACAGAAUAAGCCUAAACUCCCAGAACAAUUCACUGACCAUCAGGAGUGUGACCAGAAAUGAUGUUGGCCGUUACACAUGCAUGGUCACAGAUGGAUUGGAUAGUGUCAAUGCAUCAGCAUUUCUCUCUGUUAAAGGUACCCAGCCACCUGUGAUAUUAAUCAACCCACCUACCCAGGUACUGUUUAAAGAAUUUCAGACUGCGGUACUUCCAUGCAAGGCCAGUGGUGAACCACAACCAACGUACACCUGGAAAAAGGACAAACGGGACUUCAAUGUGGCUGGCAGUGAUGACUUUAUCUCCACAGUACCAAACGAGGGAACACUUGUGUUCAAGCGACCCAGAAAAAAAGAUGCUGGCAUGUAUCAAUGUUUUGCAAACAACUCUUAUGGGGUGGCCAUGUCAGGCAUCGUUGAGCUACGGCUUGCCUUCCUGAUGCCGUACACCAAUCAGGAACCAGAGACCAUCACUGUGUUACCAGGGGCAUCUCUCGUCCUCCCUUGUAACAAGCCAAUCAGUUACCCUGAGGCCAACGUGACGUGGGUGUUGAAACACAAAGAUGGAUCAUUCAAGGCCUUUGACUUCACUGAACGAAUCCUAAUGGACCACCAAGCCAACCUUGUCUUUGCUAAUGUACAAGAAGAAGACUCCUACAAAGACACUGCCUAUGUUUGCGCUGCAACCAAUUUGUUUUUACGAAGAAUCAAUAUGCUUAAUACCAUUUAUUUGAGAACCUUACCAGAGCAGCUUAAAGACUACCAGAUUCAUAUCCUCAGUGCUAGCCCUAGCAAGAUGGUCUUUCUGAAGGGAGACACUGUGGAGUUGCAGUGUAUAUUCGGUGGACAUCCGACACCAAAGAUCAGGUGGUACCGAAAUGGCAAAUCGAUACAUCCGAAUACAAAGUAUGCAUUUUCUAAAUUUAAUCAUCAGCUGGAUAUUCGGGAUGCUGGGUUUGAGGAUGAGGGAGAUUACGAGUGCCAUGCAAGUGAAAGGAGCUCUGGUCAGAUAUUGCAACACACCAUGAGAGUGGAGAUUGAAUCUAAACCUGAAUGGACCACGAAACCAAAAAGUAUUGUGACCAGUGGGGGCAGUUCAGUUACCUUCAUCUGUAAUGGAACCGGCAAACCUCCCAUCAGUAAACCUGUGUGGUACAUCAACGGAAAGAGAAUUAACGAAUAUUCCAAUAAAAAUAAGUUUAUAGUAGAGGAAACCUACCUGAGUAUCAUCAACGUCACACGCCAAGAUUACAUGACCAUCCAAUGUAAUAUCAGUAAUAUCCAUGGGUAUAUCUUCGCUGAUGCCUUUCUAAGUUUCCACGAGAUGAUAAGAAUGGAACGUUAUCCAUCUGAUUUGGAGGUGAGCAAAGGAGCGGAGGCAAUAUUCACAUGUGCUGCCACAAGUGAUACCAUGCAGGAAGAUGACUUACGAACCAUUUGGUGGAAGGAUGGCAAGGCUAUAGCCAUCGAUGACAGAAUAAGCCUAAACUCCCAGAACAAUUCACUGACCAUCAGAGUGUGACCAGAAAGGAUGUUG